UAACAAAAAAUUAACAAACUUUUCAGUAUCUGUUAAAUGUUGGCUCGUUGCGUUGGAAAAUCCCAACUUAACCUUUUUCUCUUUUUGUCAUGCUGCAGCACAAACGGAAGCUAAGUCAGCCAUUUUAUAACUGAAUUGAGUGUAGCGUUCUGGCAUAACGAUUUAAAUUUCUGGUAAAGUUGAUUAUUACUGAUAGAGCUGUAUACGUUGCAUAUUGUGCUAAAAUGUGGCAAAGAUUAAUUUUCUUGAGCUUGCUAUUUAGCGUGUUUUGCGAAACAUGCCAUGGUGAAAGGUCCGAAGACUCUCUUAUAUGUAAACGAGUAGACAACGAUGCUGCCAAUGUUUUAAUCACGGGCCCUCAAGGUCCUCCCGGUUUUCCUGGCUUACCUGGACUGGAUGGAAUACCAGGACUUGAUGGUCAACCUGGAUUACGAGGAAUGGACGUAGACCACAACAGAUUGGUAAUUUUGGUUGAGCAAACUGUCGCGGAAGCUGUUCAUGCGAUGAAGAAUGUAAACCCACAGCCAGACUUCCGAUGCGAGAAUCUCAAAAACAAAGUCGAGGUCGAUGGAAAAUGUUUUUUCGCUGUUUUGCCGGAGAAUGAGGUCAAAUUUCUUGCAGCUGAGCAGCUGUGCACCGAUAGAGGAGCAGCACCAGCAAAUAUUUACGAUCGCCAUCAAUUUGGCAAGAUAAUGAAUUAUCUUCAUGAGAUAAGACAAACAUUUUAUCACGUAUAUCUUGGAAUGGAAUUUGAUCCUGAGAAUGACGACCUCACCUUCUAUGACGGAAGUCCAGCUCAAUACACAAGUUGGCGCUCCGGAGAUCCCGUUAGACGUGUGGCGGAUCCGGUGAAAAUGACACGAGUGGCCAUAAACGUUAUGAGUGAUAGCAACAACUCCGGUAAUGGAAUGUUGACCACGGCUAUGAUUUGGCCUAAAACGGGAGUACUUUGCGAAUCUGCAAUAGAAAGAGAGCCUUAAACUGGCAUAAACAAGACUACACUCAUCUCGUGUCGUAUAUAUCAACUUGUCAUUCUAUAUCUAACGACUAUCACGGUCCAGAAUUUGUCGUCUGAAAGCAAAUGUAUUUUAAUGUUUGUUUUAUAUUACUACACAUCUUCACUAUCUAGAAGUUUUAUGAAUUGUCGGAGUAAAAUUUGAUAUCGCUUAUUUGUAUACCUGUCAGUAAUGUGAAAACAUUGACAGCAAUAAAAUACUGAAACAUAUUAUAAAGACAAAUUUGCCUGUAACUCUAUAGGUUGAAUACUAAUUGUUCUUCAGCAGUUGAUGUCAAACCGUUGCUAUGUAAUAAAUAUUGGAACGAGAAGUUUA